AUGUUCGCCGCUCGCCGUCUCACCACCGGUCUUCCCCGCGCCUUGUCGCAACGUGCCCUCUUCCACAACACCGCCCCCGCCUUCGUUCAGAAAGGCGACGCCAUCCCCGAUCUCGAUGUGCUCGUCGAGAACUCCCCCGGUAACAAGGUCAACCUCGCCAAGGAGAUCAAGGGCAAGGCCGUUAUCAUCGGUGUUCCUGCGGCCUUCAGCCCCGCUUGCUCCAGCACCCACGUCCCCGGAUAUAUCAGUCACCCUAAGCUGAAGGAAGCCGGUCAGGUCUUCGUGGUCGCCAUCAACGACCCUUUUGUGACCAAGGCGUGGGCCUCUUCCCUCGACCCCGAAGGCAAGAGCGGUAUCCGCUUCUUGGGCGACCCUACCGGCAAGUUCUCCGAGGCUCUGGACGUGACUUUUGACAGCUCUGCAAUCUUCGGAAACAACCGCAGCAAGCGGUAUGCCCUUCUCGUUGAAAACGGCAAGGUCAAGGAGGCUUUUGUGGAGCCCGACAACACCGGUGUCAACGGUAUGGAGCUACGCCUCUCCGCUGCCGAGAAGGUGUUGGCUUAA